CAGAGAUGUAGAUGAUGGAUUUGGUAGUAGGGCUUCUUUUCUUUCUCCAGAACAGAGACAAGUAGAACGAAAGAAAGAAAGCAAGCAAGCGGGUUCUGUUUUGUUGGGGUGAAAAAAGUGGGGGAAGAAAACAAACAGGGAAAGUGAGGUAGAGAUGAUGAGUAAAAAAAAGAGUUAAAAAAAGUGAACAGAGAAGAUAAAAGAGAUCGAGGAUGUUUUCGUCAACAAGCGAUCCCUUUUCAUAUUCACCUUACAAUAAUAAUAAUAAUAAUAAUAAUUCCACCCCUCCCCCUCCACCUCACAAUAUUAUUGCUGCUGCUGGUGGUGGUACUGAUCCGUUUGAGCAGCAGCAGCUGCAGCUGUCCUGUUGUUCAUCACCCACUCAAAAUCUGCCAUCUCCCAGCAGCCUCCGGAUGAUGUUUGACCAUGAUCAUCAUCAGUUGACGAUCAACCCUGGUCACGGUACCGCUUUCAGAGACACCACCACCAACAGCAGCAACAGUUGUAGCAGUUUCCUCUGCCAUCCCUAUCCUCCCAACCACAACAAUGCCAAUUUCCCCUUCUUGUUGCCCACAGAUCACCCUUACUAUCUCAACAACCAUCAUCUUCAGGACGGAAUCCCAGCUGAAAACUACAACAAUAUUGCACUAACUAUGCAGCAGCAGCAGCAGCACAAGAGGAGGAGUAGUAGCCACACUAGUAGCAACAAGAACAAGGAGAGGCACAGCAAGAUAGAGACAGCGGGCGGCGUGAGGGACAGAAGGGUGCGGCUGUCCAUAGCCACCUCCAGGAAGUUCUUCGACCUGCAGGACAUGCUUGGCUUCGACAAGCCUUCCAAGACCCUCGACUGGCUCCUCUCCAACUCCGCCGCGGCCAUCCAGCGCCUCCACAUCACCUCUCACCCUCACCCUCUUUACAACAACACCAACACUCCUCCUCCUCGUCCUCCUGCAGCCACAGAGGAGGUGGAGGAGACAAGUGUUAGUAGGAGGGCCAAGGCAAGGGCAAGAGCCAGGGACAGAACCAGCACCACCAGCUCCAGAUCCAAGCAGCCUGCAGUUGUUGUGCCCACACCUCAGCCUACAGAAGCAACAUUGCCACUACCUUCUCCACUUCAAUACUACCACUACCACAACAACAACAACAACAACAAUACUAGUACUAGCACUUGCAACAAUUUUGGGGUUCUGCGUCAACAACAACCAUACCUUUCCGGCAUAGCCAUUGGUGUUGGUUCAAGCUACUCAACGGAAAUGAUCCAAACAGCAGCACCAACAACAACCAGAUCUACUACUACUACUGCUACCAACGACGAUGGGCACUCGUCAUUAAGGUUGAUGAAGUGGGAGCUGCUCAAGCCAACGCCACAGUCCACAAUCAAGCAUCAAACACCGCAUAAUGCUCAUCACAAGACUACUACAGCCACUUGGGACAUGAUGACCGAUGCUGCUCCAACGGCGGGAAUGCAAAUGUCUUUGGAGGGAGACCUAAACAGUAGCGUCGCCCAUUUCAUCAACCCACCGUCAAGAUUUCAUUAAUCUCCCUGUCUCUCUGUCUCUCUCUCUCUCUCUCUCGUAAGAUCUAAAUAUGGGUAUGUUAUAUAAUCCACAAACUGAAUGUAUGAACCUAAUAACUCUGUUACUAGAUUCACUAAUUCCUCCGCAAUUAGUAGCCUGAUAGCCAGCCAGACAUUCUCCUGGGUAAACCCAUGCACCUGCAGGCUGCAGCAUCAAUGUUGUUACUAAUUUUGGGUGUCUUUUGGUAUAAGAUGGCUUUUUCAUGCGCAUUUAUGUUGCAACUAGAUACUAAUGAAUUUGGGAAGGCGAUAUAUAUACAUAUAUAUUGCAUUGCUAGUCUUUCUCUUUUAUCA